CCGGCGGGUGACCGUAGACGAAAAUUUAGUAAACGGCACUAAUUUUUCUUAACAGCCGGUGAAUGUCGUUUCGUUGUGUGAAGAGGUUUUUUUGGCCUCUUAUUUUAUAGUUUUAAUUUAUUAAGAGCUGUGAUAUAAACGUACUGUGAUAGUGUUUAAUUUAUAAGACUUCAAUAUGUAUUUUGUAACUGAAGAAGAUAUUUGACAUAUUCAUGUUGAAGCCAGAGAAGUUGAAGCAAAAUGUUUCCCUUUGGCGAGAAGGGGAAGGAAGCCUGUGACGAACGGCUCAACCUGGAGUCUUGUGAGAACCUCUUGGUGGUUAGAGAAAGGAAAACCUUCGUGAAGAGAUACUGCAGGGUCAUUUUACAAGGGUUCUGUGUAACAGCGUUUAUAAUUCUGGCAUUUUUGUGCUACUAUUAUCGACCGACUGACUUGUGUUUCGGAAAGGAUGGAAAACAGGGGACUUGUAUGGACAUAUUUAAGUGUCCAUUUGCUUUCAACGAGAUAAAGGAAGGAAAGAAGCCAGUGUUUUGUGAUAAACUCAAAGUUUGCUGUCUGGAGGACUAUAUACCCAUAUUAGACGCGAGAAAUCUAAGGCCUCAUAAAGAAGAAACGACGACGACAACAGACGAUUACAAGUAUGUUUUUGUGACCCCGAGCGUCCGUAGGUUUCCAACAACCGAUGAUCGCUGCGAGCCAUUGACGAACUAUUCAACGACCGCUCCCUACAGGAUAUCGUUCCAGAAAUGUCUGCAGUACCAAGACAACUUCGUGUUUCCGUGCGAGGACAGUCAGACGCCGUAUAUGGGAAUGGAAAGGAUGAACCAUUGUAACUGGGGCCCGGAAACUAUGAUCAUUGGUGGAACUGAUGCAUCUUAUGGAGAGUUUCCUCAUAUGGCGCUGCUUGGUUACGAUUCGCCAGAUAACGAAUGGCAAUGCAGUGGUUCCAUAAUCAGCGACAGAUUCAUACUGACCGCCGCUCACUGCACGUUCAGCCGCAACGGCGGUAACGUUACGAAAGUACGCAUCGGCUUCUUGAGGAUAUCUCAGACGAUCCAGCGAGAUGAGUUGUACUAUGUGUCAGAGAUACACAAACAUCCGCAUUACAAGUCGCCGGAUAUGUACCACGACAUUGCGCUCCUGAAGACGGAUAGGAAAAUGAUCCUCAACCGAUACAGGGUACCAGCUUGUCUACACGACGGCAGUUCAAUCAGUGAUGACACGGUCACAGUCACUGGGUGGGGGGCCACCGAUGCACACUCAGGGAGUAAGGACAAUUUACAAAAGGUAGCACUCGAUAAGUUCUCGGACGAUGAAUGCGACACGUUAUACAGUUCGAACUUGGUGCGGCACAUGCCUCGCGGGUACGACGGCAACACGCAGAUAUGCUACGGAGACAGGGUCACCGGCAAAGAUUCGAGUAAAGGCGACAGCGGAGGUCCAGCUCAGAUAAGUCAUCCUGAUUUACAAUGCAUGUACUUACUGACUGCUAUCGUGAGUCACGGCAAAACAUUAGGCGUGGCCGGCCACCCUGGUAUCUAUACGCGAAUCGCACCGUAUCUAAGCUGGAUAGAAUCCAUAGUCUGGAACUAGACAUUCCUUCGCCUAACUGAUCCCACCUCUAGCUUCGUUUGAAGAUUAUCGGCGAGCAUCGAAAUCGUGACAUUAAACCUUUUAAGAUUAAGAGUGAGGAUGUACGCUGCUUCCCAUUUCGUGAUUGGAUCGAUUCGAGAGAGAUGGCGAGAUGUUUUGUGCGCGGUGAUCUCGCUUCCUCGGCUGCUCUCUUCAGAACUACCGAAGUCUAUACGAGGCUGAACCUUUCCCCGAGAGAAGAGACAAACUUUGAGAUGUUGGAUAAUGUUACCAGAUAUUCGGAAAUGAAGUUACACUUUAUACUACAUAUUAUAAAUUAAGGGACAUUUAUCGAAGUAUGUUUGUCGUGCGCAGUACAGGGGGCGCUGACGUCAUCACGUUAAAUGAAACGACGUUUAAUACUCUUUAAUUUAAGGCUGAUAAAGUUAUCAACGCCAUUUGCAAAAUUAGAUCGAUAACCCGUAAAAGCGUACCCGCUGGCCCGCUCUCCUGUGACUUCAGCGGGCGUUACUUUAGGUCCGUACUCUGUGGACGAACAGUUCGGAGCGACGACGUUUGGCCAGUUUCGGCCGAAAGUUACCGACCCGCUGGUAUUCACUUAACGAUAUCUCCGACAGUGUUACGGGGUCUUGUGAAUUGAUGAAAUGAAAAAUAUGUCCCGCGGCUAAGUUAACGAAUGUGUUUGAUCGUUUUCUUGCGUUUGGUCAUAAAUGCCGUAUAUUACUAGGGGUAUCAUUUAACGCGGUGACGUCACAGACACAUAGUAUAGCUUCUAACUAGCAAUCCAAGGUAUGUUUAUCUUGACUCCCUCGAUUGGAAUGGUCUAUACAGCAAAAUAUGUCAUUUUAGUUCCUAGUUUAAAUACUAUUAGUGUUUGUUGAAUAUCUGGACUGAUCUCAAUGGGAAGAGUAAUGAAUGUGAUUUUGUUUUUGUUUUUUUUUAUCAUAGGAUUUUUAGGAGUUGCCAGUAUGAGAUUUAAGUAUUUUGUAAUUUGAUAAAAAGUUACCAAUAGAAAAUCGGAGUCAAGACAUUUCUAUCGAAAAUUCUGUAACUAUUUAUGCCUUGUUAAAUUAAGUAUUUUAAAAAAUUGUUUGAUCUCCCUACACGCUUAAAGUGCAUUUAUGCAUCCCUUCCACUUUAGGGAGGUAUGUGGGUCUCUGAGUGCCAAACUACUUAAAAAUAAUACCUAUAUAAAGUAAAAGUAUUAUUCGUGUCUUGCUUUUCAGCCGCGUCACAAGGACCUUUGUCAUAUAUUUACUAAUAUUUUUAGUAUCCUCUAAAACUCGCAUUGUAGAGGAUCACCAGGAAGAGGAACCAAACCCGUGGCUUUUUGACUCUUUCUAAUAUAUCCAGUUACAGUAUUUUUGUCAUAUAUAUAUAUAUAUUGUUGUAGGACAAUCGGACAACAACAGCGGAAAUUCCAAAACUUUUCCAAGGUACAGGAGUUUUUCCAAAUCGUCCGCGAGAUUUUUGGGUACAUUCCAAAUAUUUUAGUAUGUUUCGGUCACUUGGAAACUUAUUGGGUGGAGCGCUGAUCUGCUAAGUUUCAUGACAUAUUUCAGUUAUUAAAUAAUUUGUUCGAUUGUCAUACAACAUAGUGUACAAAUAUAUAUAUAUAUAUAUAUAUAUAUAAUAGACAUAUAAAGACGUAAUAUAUACAAAUAUGACAAUAACUUUAUGGUAGUUUAAAUAUACGUUAAAAGUUUAAGUCGCCUUGCAUUGUUAUUGUUGGGGGCCUGGCCGUUUUUUGAUGGCGGUGAUUCGAGAUAGUUGUAUUUUACAUUCC